UGUGCAUUGGCUCUCCUCUCUGCGGCACAAAGACUUGUUUGCAGCAUCUGUUUUGCUUGUACCGAGCACCCAUGAUCCUGAGUAGGUCGUCUCUGGGCAUUUAUUGAUUUCAGCGCGUUCUCUAGGCCAAAGGCACGUCUGCAUUCUCAGUGCUGGGGACAUAGAGUGUACAAUGAUGAAUGUAGCUGGAUGAAGUCACUGCGAGCAUCCAAUCGCUGUGCAGCUUUCAGCAAGGUUCAGCAGCUUCUGCAGAUGAACUGAGCAUCCCACACUGUCAGAAUGGGAACAAAUCCCCAGCUCCCUGACAGAAUCUAGUAAUAAGUUCCUGUGUUUUGGAGUGAGGCUUAAGCACGGCAAGUAACUCGAACCGAAGCUCUCCCGCCUGCUCUCCUGUUCUGCGCAAACGCUCCCGCUCUCCAACACCACAGCAGAGUGAAGGAGAGGCCAUGGUGGAAAAAAGUUCAGACCAUUCUUCAGACAAAUCUCCCCCCACCCCAGAGCCGGGAGUCCAGCGGAGCGGAUCGUCUCAGUCAGGGCGCAGUGGGGGCAAAAAUUCUAAGAAGAGCCAGAGCUGGUACAAUGUCUUGAGUCCAACGUAUAAACAAAGAAAUGAAGAUUUUCGGAAACUCUUUAAACAACUGCCAGACACAGAACGUCUCAUUGUUGACUAUUCGUGUGCUCUGCAAAGAGACAUCUUACUACAGGGGCGCCUCUACCUGUCUGAGAACUGGAUCUGCUUCUACAGUAACAUCUUUCGCUGGGAGACUCUGUUAACGGUACGUUUGAAAGAUAUCUGCUCAAUGACUAAAGAAAAGACAGCCAGACUAAUUCCAAAUGCAAUCCAACUUUGCACUGACACUGAGAAGCACUUUUUCACCUCAUUUGGGGCACGAGAUCGAACCUACAUGAUGAUGUUCCGGCUGUGGCAGAAUGCCUUGCUUGAAAAGCCUUUGUGUCCGAAGGAACUGUGGCAUUUUGUCCACCAGUGCUACGGCAAUGAGCUGGGCCUUACUAGUGAUGACGAGGACUAUGUUCCACCAGAUGAUGACUUUAAUACAUUGGGUUAUUGUGAAGAGAUCCCGGUGGAAGACGUGGAAGUAAAUGAUAAUUCCUCCAAAAGCAGCGGUGACAUUAAGCCAGAAACCAACUGCAACCUGGCGGACCCUUCCCUGACGAGCAGCAACGUGCCAUCUACAGCCAGCAGCGAUGCCCCUGGUUAUGACGGGGCUUUGCUGGACGAUAUUGACAGCUCGUUAGAAAGGGAGCUGUUGUUUGCAAGCUUGGUGGACCAGAAAGUGGAGCUCCUUCCUCCCGUCACCUCUCUAUCCUUGGACUUAAAUGAUAAUGAAGACCUUCCCACAGAGCUCAGUGAUUCAUCUGAAACACACGAUGAAGGUGAAGUUCAGGCUUUCUAUGAGGAUCUGAAUGGUCGGCAGUACAUCAAUGAAGUGUUCAGCUUUAAUGUGGACAAACUCUUUAGUCUCCUGUUCAGUGAAUCUCAAUUUCUGAGGGACUUCAUGGAGCUGAGGCGGUUUACAGAAGUGAUAUUUCACCCGUGGAAGAAGGAAGAGAAUGGAAACCAGACCCGGGUUAUUUUAUACACCAUUGCACUAACCAAUCCUCUGGCUCCUAAAUCGGCGACAGUCACGGAGACCCAGACGCUGUACAAGGCCAGCCAGGAGAGCGAAUGUUAUGUAGUUGAUGCUGAAGUGUUGACACACGAUAUCCCUUAUCAUGAUUACUUCUACACUAUCAACCGCUACACGCUGACCAGAGUGGCCCGAAACAAAAGCCGGCUAAGGAUUUCAACUGAGCUCCGGUACCGUAAGCAGCCGUGGGGACUCGUUAAAACAUUCAUUGAGAAAAAUUUCUGGAGUGGACUUGAUGAAUAUUUCCACCAUUUGGAGAACGAACUGACCAAAGCAGAGACGGCGUACCUGUCCGAUCUUCACAGACAAUCCCCGAAGGAGAAAAUCACCAAGAUUUCAACAACGAGAAGAAGGAAGCGUCCUCAUACUCACUUACGGAUUCCUCAUCUACAGGAAGUGCUGAGCCCUGUCACAACGCCCACUGAUGAAGAGAGACAACACCGUGUCAGACAUGUAGCAGGCUCCACUCAGACACGACACGUUCCGGAGGAGAAGCAUAAUCAGCUUCAGAGCAUCUCCAAACUCCUGCUGGUCAUCAGUUGUGUCCUGGUGCUGCUCGUCAUGCUCAAUGUAAUGCUUUUCUACAAGCUCUGGAUGUUGGAAUAUAGCACUCAAGCCCUGAGCACGUGGCAAGGACUGCGACUACAAGAGAGCCCCCUCCCGCAGUCACAGGCCGAGUGGACCCAGCUGCUGGAGUCUCAGCAAAAACACCACGACACAGAGCUACAAAAAUGGAGGCAGAUUGUAAAGUCAUCUGUCAUGCUGCUGGAUCAGAUGAAAGAUUCCUUAAUAAACCUCCAAAAUGGAAUUGUUUCACGAGACAUUGUCUCAGACUCGGAGGACAAACCUUACCAAUGAGGGUGAUGGGAUUGGAUGGCGGGAGAAAUUGUGUAAUAUGUGUAUA